AUGAGGCUCUUGCCGGGCGUCUCUGCCACUCACGACUUCGAGCCACUGUUUGACGUCCUCGCGCUCGCGCUGUGCCUCUCCGACGACGCCGAGCUGCUCGACGGCGACGAGUGGGCAGCCGGCAGCACGAGCAGCGGCGGCGCCGCCGGGCGGAGCUGGAACGGCGACGACGACUUCCUCGCUUCUGCGCCGCAGCACCGCAAGCGCCGCCGCGCGGCUGCGGCGGCGGAGGUGGAGGACGGGCGCCGGGGCGGAGAGAGGGCGCCGCAGCGAGCCGGGGACUGGUCGGGGGCGGUGCGGCACCUCUUCGCGCCCGCCGUGAGCGACGAGGCGCUUGGCGCGAUGGUGUCGCAGGCGGAGGCGGCGCCGCCCGUCGCCGUCUUUCCUCCCGACGAGACGGUCCCGAGGAUGGGCGAGCCCAGCGGACAGUGGCAGCCACGCCUGCUUCGCACGCUGCUCGCGCACGGCUCGCGCCGCUGGCGCUGCCCGCCUUGCGACGGCAAGUGCCCGUGCGGGCCGGCGGCGACCGCGGCUAUCUGCGAGGCGCACGCGGCGAGGGGCUUCCCGCACCCGGCCCGCGGGCACGUCUGCUGGUCGGCGCAGCCGCAGCGCCGCGACGCACCCACGCGGCCGCUCGCUCACAGCGAGGCGCGUCGUGACGAGAUGCCGCCGCCGACGCACCAGACGUCGCUGCCGUUCCCGCGCGUGGAGCGCUCCUUGCCGGCGCGGCGGCGGCAGAGGCGGCGCCACCUGCACGACGGCUGA